GUACAAAAAGUCUUUCAGGCAAGUGAUCUGAAAAACAAAUUUGAGAGAUGUGAAAUUUCCCAGUUCAAGAAAUCUGAAGAUGGACGUGAAAGAUUCAAGAAGUCAGAGAUUGGUGUUGUUGUGAUCUUCCAGCUUUAUUUUACCCAGAUGGUAACCGUUGAGAAAGUAAAAAAUGAGCUGGUUUUGGGUAUCAACACAACUAAAACUGAUCUUAGCCAGACUUUGAAAAUUGAUCUGAACAGCAUACAAGUCACAGCUUCAGGACGGCUCACCACAAAGAAGUUCUCAACAAGUGCAGCUCAGUGUUUGCCAACUGCUGAACUUUGUGAUGAUGGUGUAACCUGCAUUAGAAAAGAUUUAUUUUGUGAUGGAGUCUUGGACUGCCUGGAUGGGUCAGAUGAAUCUGAAAAAAGAUGUGCUGCAGUAUGUGAUGGAAAAUUUAUGUUGACUGAAUCCUCUGGGUUUUUUCAUUCUGCGAAUUAUCCAAAACCAUAUAAUGCAAAUAUUAUUUGCCAAUGGAUUAUACUAGUGCCUCAGGGGCUAUCCAUUAAACUGAACUUCACUUCUUUUGAAACACAACAGUAUACUGACAAUUUAAAUAUUUUUGAAGGUAUUGGACAAAACAAGAUUUUAAGAGCUUCUCUUUCAGGGACUCAUCCUGGCACAAUUUACAUUUUUUCUCAUGAGGCUACAGCACAGUUUAUAUCCGAUUAUUCUGAAAAUUACAGUGGCUUUAAUGCAACAUACACUACAUUUAAUGCAAAUGAACUAAACAAUUAUGAGAAAGUCAGUUGCACUUUCGAAGAUGGCUUUUGUUACUGGAUACAAGAUUUAGAUGAUGAUUCAGACUGGGAGAGAGUUCAGGGCCCUACCUUUCCUUUUAUGAGUGGUCCUGAUUUUGAUCAUACAUUUGGCAACAUGUCAGGAUUUUAUAUUUCAACUCCCAUAGGACUUGGGUUUGGAGAAGAAAGAGUCCGGAUUCUUAGUUUGCCUUUGGUCUCGUCUGAUUCAUCUUGUCUAAGCUUCUGGUAUUUCAUGUACAGUACUAAUGUUUACCGUUUAAGAGUUAGUAUAAGAAAUGAGGAUGGUUUGGAAAAGAUAAUUUUCCAGAAAGAAGGAAACUAUGGAAACAACUGGAAUUAUGGACAAGUAACUUUAAAUGAAACAUCUGAUUUUAAGGUUAUUUUUGAUGCCUUUAAAAAGCAUGGUCACAGUGAUAUUGCCUUGGAUGACAUUGGCCUGACAAAGGGAAAGUGUAAUGAAAGUAUUUAUGUAGAUCCAACUGUGAUUCCAGCUGUUACAACUGUCCCUUCAGUUCCUACUGACUGUGGAGGACCAGUUGAACUCUGGGAGCCAAACAGUACAUUCAGCUCUGAAAACUUUCCAAACAAUUACCCUAAUCAAGCUUAUUGUGUGUGGUACAUAAAUGCUGAAAAGGGAAAAAACAUUCAACUUCAUUUUCAGGUUUUUGAUCUGGAAAAUAUUCUUGAUGUUGUUGAAGUCAGAGAUGGCAGAGGACCAAAUUCCUUACUUUUGGCCGUCUAUACAGGACAAGACCCAUUGCUAGAUGUCUUCUCUACAACAAACCAGAUGACAGUAAUCCUCCUUACAGACAAGUCUGCAACAAGGAAGGGAUUUCUUGCAAACUUUACUACUGGAUACCAUCUAGGUUGUGCAGUUGACGAGCAUCAGUGUGGGAGUGGGGAGUGUAUACCAUUGCUUAACCUCUGUGACAACCUGCCGCAGUGUGAAGAUGGUUCUGAUGAAGCAAAGUGCAUGAGAUUGUUUAAUGGUUCUCUAAGUACCGAAGGGCUGGUACAGGCCAGGAUUGGGAGAACGUGGCACCUGGCAUGUGCAGAUGAUUGGAAUGAACAAAUUUCAGACAGUAUUUGCCAGCUGCUGGGGUUAGGGGAUGCAAAUACGUCAUCAGCUGUAUUAGUCACUGGAGAUGGCCCAUUUGUCAAAAUCACCAAAGCAGCUAACCAGAGCCUAAUAUUUACAAAAAGAGAACGCUGUUCGAACAACCUGGUGAUACAUUUGCAGUGCAACAUUAAACCUUGUGGAAAACACAUGGUAACUCAGGACAGUGGAACAAGGAUUGUAGGUGGAAGUGAUGCCAGAAGAGAGGCUUGGCCUUGGAUAGUUUCACUCCAUUUUGAUUCCAGACACAUUUGUGGAGCCUCCCUUGUCAGUGAUGAAUGGCUGGUGACAGCAGCCCACUGUGUAUAUGGAAGGCAAUUAAAGCUAUCUCGAUGGAAAGCAGUUCUUGGCUUGUAUGACCAAUCAGAUAUGACACAGCCUUCAACAGUAGUUCAAGACAUCGAUCAAAUUGUUAUAAAUCCUCAUUACAUGAAACGUAUGAAAGGUAGCGAUAUUGCUCUCAUGCACCUUCAAUACAAAGUGCAAUAUACAGAUUACAUACAACCUAUCUGCUUACCAGAAAAAAAUCAACAGUUUUUACCAGGAAUUAACUGCUCCAUUGCUGGCUGGGGUAGUAUUAUGAACGGAGGUCCCACUUCAGAUAUAUUGCAAGAAGCAGAGGUCCCUCUCAUUUCAAAUGAAAAAUGCCAACAAUGGAUGCCAGAAUAUAUCAUUACUGAGACUAUGAUCUGUGCAGGAUAUGACACAGGAGGAAUAGAUACCUGUCAGGGAGAUUCAGGUGGCCCUCUGGCAUGUGAGGACGGUAACAAGUGGUUUUUGGUUGGUGUAACAUCAUUUGGCUAUGAGUGUGCACUUCCCAAACGACCAGGAGUGUAUGUUCGAGUCACCAUGUUUGUGGACUGGAUAAAAAAAUACAUCUAUUAG